GCAGUCCCGCACCCGCAUGCUCUGCUCGGCCAGCCCCGGGGGCCUGGCGUCCGAGAGAGGAGCCUGGGUUCCCGGGCACACGAUGAACCCCCUCCAGCCCUGGCUGUCGGGCAACGUGGAGCCAGUCCUCUGGCCUCGUCUGGCGGAAUGCAGGAGGGGCGGGGGGGGGAAGCGGCGCCCGCCGCGGGACUGCUUCCAGGGUGGAAGGCGCCGCAGCGCGCGGCUGCCGGGACCGAGGUGCGUCCCGGCUGAAACCGACCCUGCCUCUCUGGCCCGCAGAAGACGUGGCGGCGCCUCUUUCCUCCCGGACCUUCUUCUCAAGCAGGUCAUCAUAGCCUUAGCAAAUCCCCACCGACACAGAACACACAAAUUGUCAUUUUGAAGGACAAAAGAAGUGUGGCCUAGAGAUGUUGUGUUUCACUGUCCCUCGUGCUAAAAAAAGGCAGCUCCCCAGGCGUGGCGCGCCAAGUAGGGGGCUGCUAGGGGAAUGAGCCGGAAUGCGGGGAGGGGACAGCUCAAUCACUUCCCGGCGUGCCAAGGCCCCGGGGACACCUGGACCCUCCGUAAUCACCCUCCCCCGUGGCCACAGCCCACCCCGGGACCUCGGGACGCACUUGGGCAGCCCCGCCCGCCGGCGCACUCGUCUCCAGCCCUCUCCGCCCCGCCUGGCGCACUGCGUGGAGCGCCUAGUUCCCCGGCCCGGCAGAGCGGCGGCUGCGUUGAGGACACACCGCACUCCUCGCGCCCUCUGGUUGAGGCGGCUCGGGGCCCACCCCCAGUGCAGGCCCUUGGGGCGGGGCGGACGCCGCCAGCGCCGCAGGUGCAGCCCAGAGGCCGCGCGCGGCAGGAGCAGAUCCGUGGAAACAGCAUCUGUCGCGACUGAGAAGCCAUUCCAGGCUCGUGGCGCAGGGUCUGGGCAGAGGUUUGAUCUGAGGAUGGCACUGCGGGCGCUGUGGGGCAGCCUCGGCCUGAUCCGCCUGCUGUGGUGCCUCCUGCCGCAGACGGGCUACGUGCACCCAGAUGAGUUCUUCCAGUCACCCGAGGUCAUGGCAGAGGACAUCCUGGGCGUCGAAGCCGCGCGGCCUUGGGAGUUCCACCCCAGCAGCUCCUGCCGCUCGGUGCUCUUCCCCCUGCUGACCUCCGGCUGCGCCUUCUGGCUGCUCCGGCUCUGGGAACAGUGGGGGCCGUGGCCCGGCCCAGUGAGUGGCUACGUGCUGCUUGUGGGGCCCCGACUCCUCCUCACUGCCCUCUCCUUUGCCCUGGACAUGGCCGUGUAUCACCUGGCCCCGCUGUGGGGGGCGGAGCGCUGGAACGCCCUGGUCCUGCUGUCCGGUUCCUACGUCACCCUGGUCUUCUACACCAGGACCUUCUCCAACGCCAUCGAAGGACUGCUCUUUGCAGGGCUGCUGGUGCUGGUGUCCCCCCGGUUAGCUGGGAGCCCCCCACCCAGGAAGCCUGCUCCGGGCCCGUGGUGGCACAGCUGGCUCCUGGGGGGCAUUGUGGCCGCCGGCUUCUUCAACCGGCCCACGUUCCUGGCUUUUGCUCUGGUCCCACUCUUCCUCUGGAGCGCCUGUGGGGCAGCAGACCCUGGCUUCAAGUUGCUGGCGAAGGAGGCCCUGGCACUGCUCCCAGGGGCGAGCCUCGUGGCGGCGGUGUUUGUGGCCGUGGACAGCUGGUAUUUCUCCAGUCCGUCUAGAUCCAGUACCCUUGUUCUUACACCUGCCAACUUCCUGUACUACAACCUGGACCCUCAGAACCUGGCGAGACAUGGCACACAUUUGCGGCUCACUCACCUGGCAGUCAAUGGUUUCCUGCUCUUCGGGACGCUGCAUGCCCGGGCCCUGUGGGUGGCGUGGCAACAGCUGCAAGCCUGCCUCCGGGCCUUUGCACAAACGGGCUUCCUGAGGUCUCUGUGGCGCUGGGGCCUGCUGUCUGGCCCCCGGUCUCUCCUCCUCCUCUACUUCACGCCUCUGGCCCUGCUCUCUGCCUUUAGUCACCAGGAGGCCCGGUUCCUGAUCCCCCUCCUGGUCCCCCUCGUCCUGCUUUGUAGUCCACAGGCCCAACCUGUGACCUGCAAGGGCCCCCUGGUCCUCUUCAAUGUCCUGAGUGCUCUCUUCUUUGGCUGCCUGCACCAGGGGGGCCUAGUGCCCGGCCUGGGGCACCUGGAGCAGGUGGUUCAUGCCCCCGCACCCUCAAGCCUACCCACCCACUACACACUCCUCUUCACCCACACCUACAUGCCCCCCCGGCACCUCCUCCACCUCCCGGGCCCGGGCUCGCCCGUGGAGGUGGUGGACAUGGCUGGGACGGAGGACUGGGUCCUGUGCCGAGCCCUGAACAACUUCACCAGACAACCAGCCUGCCAGGUGGCAGGUGGGCCGUGGCUCUGCCGCCUUUUUGUGGUGACCCCUGGCACCGCCAGGCCUGCCAUGGAGAAGUGCCACUUUCCUCUCAAGAGCGAGACACUCUUGUUUCCCCACUUGACCCUGGAAGACCCACCAGCCCUGUCCUCUCUGCUGAGUGGGGCUUGGAGGGACCAUCUCAGCCUUCACAUCUUGGAACUGGGGGAGAAGCCUGACAAUGUGACAGAAAAGCCACUGCCCACGAUUCAGCCAUAGGUGAAGGCAGCACUCCACCUCCUGUGUGGGUAGCUAGGCUGGAACAGAGCCCUGAUUCUCUUCCUUUCCUUUCCCUUCCAGAAUUCCCACUACUGCCUCUCCUGUGCAUAGGCUUUGGCUGCUCUGCCUUCUGGGUAAGCUGGCACCCUUUUCCCCUUAAAGACCAAAGAUGUGACCAGUCACAACCCUGAUGCCAGGGUCCCCAAAGAACCUGGUGAGCCGAUGUCUGGUGAACAGCCUCAUGUCUGUUCCUGCCCUAUCCCUUCUAGCCACUGUUAUGUUUUGCUAUGUAAUAGCACCUGGUUAUGAAAAGAGAGAGAUCUGCUAAUGACAUUCCUGGAUGAUCUCUCUCAAACCUUCCAGGAUGCCUUACCUCUUGCCGUCAUAACUCUCCAGCUUCCUAGAUCACCGGGAAGGAGGCAGCAUGGUGAUGUAGAGAGAGCAGGCCGCUCAGAUUCCAGAGACCCAAGUUCUAGUCCCUGGUCUGCCUGCCAAUCACUGGCUGUGUGAUCUUCAGAGAGCCCCUUCCCCUCACCUAGCCUCAGUUUCCAAUCUGUACAAUGGGUAAAAGCAUCUCUGAGGUGUCUGCCAGCUAACACAUGUCAUGCCUUGGUCUGCAGCGCACGUCCCCUGGCUAAACAGGCGUAUCUGUCCCAAAGCUCUUUAAGCAGUGUGGGUGUGAGGGGGUAUUUAAUGGCACUCUGGUGGCUGCUGUCUCACCAUUUGGUUAUUAUCAAAACAGGGAGUUCUGGAACUUUUCUCCCCACUCUCUUCUACGCCUGUCCCUGAGAGAGGGGGUGGGACCCUUCUGCGUCUCACCCUUUAAGGAUCAUUCUCCUGGAUUGGGGAGCCCAGGUGUUCUCCCUCCUCAGCCUGCCCGAGUGGGAAUGGACAGCACACAAUGCUGUUAGGAGCGGGCUACUUCUUAAAUGCGGUCUGGUCACGCUCUACACUCAGAGCCCCUGUCAGAAACCUCUUCACAGGAUGGAGAGCAAACCCCAUGCCAAACCAGCACCUGCCGCUCUGGUGAAAGCCAUCACAGCCCCAGGCAGGGUGCUCCCCACAUCUAAGGGCGCCCCUACCGAUCCACUGGGAGCGUGGGGAGCUGCGGCACUCAGCCUUGUCUGCGUUCUCCCUCCUCAAAUCCCUACCACCUCCUGAGAAUAACAGGCACCCAGGCCACAGAAAUCAGUGAUCUGGACAUCGGUAGAGAGCUGGAGACCAAACCAACGCUAAUGACCAAGCCUGAGCACUCUUCUAGUCCUGUCUUCUGCGGGCUAAGGUUUGGGUCCACUCGGAGCAAUGGCCCUCCCAGUCGUGCUGCUCUGUGGCUGCUGCUGAUCUCGGUGCCACGCCCUCCUCAGGACUCCAACCCCAAGAAGACCAGAGUCAGUGAUAUGCUGGUAAAUGAUUAACAACCCAUUCUCUGCGGGCAGAAAAGCCCCGAUUUGUAGCACUGGCUGAUUUCCGUGGCAUAAAUACUCCCACCUUGGCUGAUUGCAAACUACCAAAAUGCUGCUACUGAACUCCAAGUUGGGAGGAGAUGCCAAUGAUCUCUCAGGAGCCAGUAAAAGUUGGCUCCAGCAAACUACUGGACAUUUCCCUCUUUCAUUCUGUAGAACCCAUUCAUGUCAAUGCAUUGCCCUUGCGGUUUAUGUUUCUAUGAACCUCUGAUUUGUCUUCCUAUCCCUAGUGCUCAGCAUCAUCUCUGGCACACAGUAAGCACUUAGUGUUUACUCUGCAGCCAAAGAUGGCUUUUCUGCCCAAGUGCCAUCUUGGAGACACCUGACUCUAGGGUCCCAGACUUGUUUGGGCCUCUUGGGACUUUUGCCUCUUCCCUCCCCCAGUUGGAUCCACAAUCUCAGAAUUCCCUGGAGGAUUUCCAGGGACUUGGUUGUAGCAGUCCAUGUAGAUUGUUGAUGGUCUGACCUCUAAUAAAUUUGUCCAUAAAGCGUUGCUAUCUAGGUCUGUGUAGUGUCGAGGGGUGAAUCUGAAUUGUCCUGCAAGAUAGCAGGAUGAGUGGCUUCCCUGCUUCACUUCCUGGCAGAACUUAGAAAAACUUGAAAAGCAUGUUGGGAGAU